UAGGAAUGCGAUAGGUGGUACGUGUAGGUGUGGUCUUGACGUGCGUGCGUCGUGACGUAGUUUGGAGGGGAACGAGAGAAGGCUGAGAGUUGUGAGGUCGCCAUGUCAGCGAUGAGCGCUCAGACCGGCGGACGGAGAAGUAAAUGGGACCAGCCGGGCCCUGCAGGCACCGCCCUCCUCCUCUCGGGGAUGAUGCCAGUGAUACCGCCUGUGGGUGCCACCAUGUACAUGCCGCCCGCAGAGGAGAAGCUGCCGAGCAGCACCAGCGAGGCGGUCAGUGCGCCCUCCGGGGCCCUCGACGCAGCCGCCGCUGUGGCUGCCAAGAUCAAUGCCAUGCUGAUGGCGAAGGGGAAGAUCAAGCCCGCCCAGGGUGCCUCGGACAAGGUCUCGGUAGCCGGGAAGCCGCCGUCUGCGACCAAAAGCAAAGACGACCUUGUGGUGGCCGAGGUGGAGAUCAAUGACGUGCCGCUGACCUGCCGGAACCUGCUGACCCGCGGGCAGACGCAGGACGAGAUCAGCCGGCUGAGCGGGGCUGCCGUGUCCACCAGGGGGCGCUACAUGACGCCGGAGGAAAAAAACAAAGUGGGGCCUGGAGAACGGCCGCUCUACCUGCACGUCCAGGGCCAGACCCGCGAGCUUGUGGACAGAGCCGUGAACCGCAUCAAGGAGAUAAUCACCAAUGGAGUAGUCAAAGCCGCCACCGGCUCCAGCCCGACCUUCAAUGGCGCCACUGUCACUGUGUAUCACCAGCCGGCCCCUGUGACACCGGCACCACCCAUGGCUUCUAAGCCGCCGUUCCAGUCUGGGCUGCAUUACGUCCAGGACAAGCUGUUUGUGGGGCUGGAGCACGCCGUGGCCACGUUCAGCGUGAAGGAGAAGGUGGAGGGGCCGGGGUGCUCUUACCUUCAGCACAUCCAAAUAGAAACCGGAGCCAAAGUCUUCUUGAGAGGGAAGGGCUCGGGAUGCAUCGAGCCCGCUUCUGGGCGGGAAGCUUUCGAGCCCAUGUACAUCUAUAUCAGCCAUCCAAAGCCUGAAGGCCUGGCAGCGGCCAAGAAGUUGUGCGAGAAUCUCCUGCAGACGGUUCAUGCGGAGUACUCGAGGUUCGUCAAUCAGAUCAGCUCGGUGGCCCCUCUGCCCGGGUAUGUCCAGCCACCCCCGAUAGGCGCUGUGCCCAUCCAGCAGCCGCCAUACUAUGCAGCAAAUGGCUACCAGAGCGGAUUUCCGGUGGUGUCACCCAUACCUCCUCAGCAACCAUUGCAAGUGCCAUAUGUGGUCCCUGCACCAGUCAGUGUCCCAGUGCCUCCUGUACCUGCUGUCAUGCCCACCAUGCCUGCCCUGGUACAUCCUGUACCUACACGUUAUCCAAUCGCACAAGUGCAGCCCCCGGUGACCGCCAUUCCAGCUCCUGUGGUUGGUCCAUAUGUUCCUCCUGCACCUCUGCCGGCACUAUGCUUGCCCCCUUUAGGUCAGAAAAGGCGUUUUACAGAGGAGCUGCCUGAGGAGAAAGACUCGGGUCUACUGGGAUACCAGCAUGGACCCAUUCAUAUGACUAAUUUAGGUACAGGCUUCCCGGGCCAGAACAAGAUGGACGCUCCUGCCGCUAAACCAGACCCCGCCCCUGGCAAGGACCGUGAGAGGGACAGGGUGACGUUUUCUGAGCGGUCUCCUGCCUCCCCCCGCAGGCAGCUGAUGCCCCCGCCAGGGUUUCCGUUGUCGAUGCAGAAGAGCCCAGAGGAGCGAGGGAGCGCGCGGAGCUCGGAAGGAGCAGACGAGACCCUCGCCAAAAAGCUAAAGGCUGACAAAACCUUCGGCCUGGUGUCCUACGCCGGAGACUCGUCGGAUGAGGAGGAGGAGCACGGAGGGCACAAGAGUUCAGGUUCCUUUUCUCAGGCGUGGAGCGGAGGGUACCAGUAUCCCACCUCCCAGCCGCGGGCCAAACAACAGAUGCCUUUUUGGAUGGCUCCUUAGUGCGCUGGUUACCUGCCAGCCCCCAGUGACUUGUAGCAAUAAUUCGGCAUGAUGUGCGCACACCACCCUUACUGGUCAGGCAGGAGCAGGUCGCGAGAUGCCUACGGGAUCCAUCUCUUCUCCCCAUGUUGUGAAGCUGGGCUCGUCCUUCCUCUGCAGAUUCUCGCUGUCCCUUGGCAUUUUGGGUUUUGCUGCAUCUCAUCCUUGUAAUAGACCGCGCCCCGCUCCUCUGACUGCUGGACCCCCACUCAUCCUGAGAAUGGGGGACUUGUUUCCUUAUCUGGUGCAGCAGGUGUACUAGCUCCAUGUUCUUCUCUGUGGUACAGAGUGCAGCGCUCCACAAUCGGAUAGGGCAACGGGGCCCCUGAUCCCAGCCGUUAGUCGCCCAGAGAUAACGUCUCUUAGCAACAGGAUUGGCGCUAACUUAUAAACGUUGGCCAACCCUCUUAGGGUCUAUUCAAACGUCCGUGUGAAUGGUCCGCACACAUUCCUUGUCAGUGGGGCCAGAAAAGAUGUGGACAGCACACAGUGUGCUGUCCACAUCUGCAUUUCCGGUA